AUGCCUCGGUCGUUCCUGGUGAAGAGCAAGAAGGCGCACAGCUACCACCAACCCCGCGGCCCCGACGGCGACUACGGCGGCAGCCUGGAGAGCGUCUUGGCUCAGAUCUGCGCAGACCGUACGGUUUCGCACCUGGCUCUCCCCGAGCGGGAUCUCCCCCCGGGUCGCCUCUCCCCGGCUUCGCAGCUUCCCGAUGGGGCGGACGGCAGCUCCGAUUCGGCCCCCAGCUGCGAAAGCAGCAGCAGCGUGUGCGACCCGGCCGCCGAGAUGGAGGAUUUCUGGAGACCGCCCUCCCCCUCGGCCUCCCCAGCUUCUGAGCGCUCCAUCUGUCCAUCCUUGGAUGAACCCUCCCACUUCUCCCUGCCCCUGAAACCCUACACAUGGAGCAGCCUGGGAAAUACUGAACUGAGACAUUUGGUACAGAACUGCAGGCCUUGCUCAACUCUGGAACAUGGCCUCUUCUGUGAGCGGGGAUCUGAGCCUGUUCUGUAUGCCUCAGAGCGCAACUCAGCUCUUGGACUCUAUGGUGACUUUGGCUCUCCUGGACUCUUUGAGCGGCCAGCGGCAGCCCCUGGGAUCUUUGUGGAGACCCCACCUGGACUGCAACCGGAGAAGAGUGUAAAUAGCAUCAAAUUGGAAUCGGAACUCCUCUGUCGCCCUCUGUUGCUCAGCAGUGGCUCCUACAAAUGCAUCAAAUGCAGCAAGGACUUCUCUACUCCGCAUGGCCUAGAGGUGCAUGUUCGUCGUUCACACAGUGGCACCCGGCCCUUUGCUUGCGAAAUGUGUGGAAAGACAUUUGGCCACGCUGUUAGCUUGGAGCAGCAUAAAGCUGUGCACUCCCAGGAACGUAGCUUUGACUGUAAGAUCUGUGGGAAGAGCUUCAAGAGAUCUUCCACUUUGUCCACACACCUUCUCAUCCACUCAGAUACCCGGCCUUAUCCAUGUCAGUACUGUGGAAAGAGGUUCCACCAGAAAUCUGACAUGAAGAAGCAUACUUUCAUCCAUACAGGUGAGAAACCCCACAAGUGCCAGGUGUGUGGCAAAGCUUUCAGCCAGAGCUCAAACCUGAUCACUCACAGUCGGAAACACACUGGCUUCAAGCCCUUUGGCUGUGAUCUGUGCGGCAAAGGCUUUCAGAGAAAAGUGGAUUUGCGAAGACACCGAGAGACACAGCAUGGUCUGAAAUGA